GAGAGGAGUAACCCUAAUCCCAAUCAUGCCGGCGAAUCUGCGAACCCUAGUUGCCAAGUGCCGUGGAGGGAUGGACGCUCUCUGCAGAUUCUCUUCAAGCGCUGCUGCGAACGCUCCUGAGAUUAAGACUUUGCUGUUGGAGGAGAUUAAACACCCUAAUCUGUUCGUAUGUGCAGCGCUUGGAUAUGGCUGUUACGCCUCUUGGGAACUCAUUCGACUCUAUGAAUAUCGCCGCACGCUGUGGAGAAAUAUGGUAGAGGAAGUCAUCGCUACUUGGUCUUCGGAAACCAAAAGCUAACAAUGUUAAAUUCUCUCUAGUUUCACGUUUUCAUGUAAAUCUUUGUAGUAGAUAAUGC